UGUCUGGAUCCAUGUAUAUAAAAACCGUUCAUUUGUCAUUGAUGGUUAUCAUCUUGCUGACUAGCUGAAUUGUUCACCUUAGAUCAAUAUCUACACUCCUUUAGAUCCAAAAUGAAGUUAGCAGUUAUCCUGGCUAUUGCUCUUGCAGUACUUCUUAUAGUCCAAGACGCAGAUGCAAGCUGUGCUUCCAGAUGUAAAUCUCGUUGUAGAAGCAGACGCUGUAGAUAUUACGUCUCAGUCAGAUAUGGAUGGUUCUGCUACUGCAAAUGUCUCAGAUGUUCCAGCGAGCACACCAUGAAAUUCUCACCAGAAAGUGAAGGACCAGCUGAGAUGCCAGCACAGAUGAAUGACCAUGAGCAAUUCCAGGACAUGCAGAAAGGAGAAACCGAACAAGGUGAAACUGGAAUGUAAAUAGACGGCCUGAUAAAGUGACAUUGAUACACAUUCUGUUUUGGAGUGAAAUUCGAAAUGUGUUUAUAGACUUUCCUCUUUCGUUUCACUUGUAUAAAAUGUCUUAGAUUUCUGUAAUUGUUAUUCUAAAUAAAAUUGUGUUUCAACUUAA